CUCUCUCUCUCUCUCUCUCUCUCGGAUUUUUUUCGACACAUAAAAUAUAUGACAAAUGUCUGUUCGUAUAUUUGAGGGCACAAAUCACGCCAACAUAUACGCCCAGUUCAGACCCUCUGCACCCGACCAAGUGAUUGAUGUUGUGUUGGAUUAUCUGCGCCAACAGAUCCCCGAAGACCGCUGGCGAGUGGCGGUGGAUGUGGGCUGCGGUAGCGGACAGGGAUGUAAUAAAUUGUCGCAACAUUUUGGCCACUGUUAUGGGUUUGACGUGAGUCCGGCCCAAAUCACUGCCGCCAACACCACUCAACAUCCGGACAAUGUUUCCUAUGCCGUGUGUCCGGCAGAGAGUUUGCCCACAAUUGAGUCCAAUAGUGUACAACUGAUGACAGCUUUCCAAGCCGUGCAUUGGUUUGAUUUUGACUCGUUUACGACUGAAUGCACUCGAGUCCUGUGCCCUAAUGGUGUGCUCGCAAUGAUAGGCUAUAACUAUCCGGAACCCAUCGACCCCUGGAAUCCGGACGACCGAAGUCUAGUGGAACUGAUGUACGACUUGUACACCGACGAGAGGUUAGCGCCGUUCAAGAAUCCAAAGAUAGUGCCCCUCGAGAGACACUACCGAGACAUCAAACUUCCCGAUAAUUACGAGAUGAGUCUUAAGGACAAUAACUGGACGUCGAAACGAGUGGCGGCGCAAGACAUUGUGGGUUAUGUGCAGUCGUGGUCACUAUAUCAAGGCCUGCAAAACGCUGAUAGAGAGACGGCUGAGUUGCUCACACAGGAAGUGAUACACCGAUUGAAGUCUAUACUCAAAAUCAGCAAAGCUCACGCAGACAUUUACGUCCGAUUCAGACCAGCGGUUCCCGAAGAAGUGGUGGACAAAGUGGUCCAGUAUUUGGCCGAUAAACUGCCGGCAGAUGUCGAAGAAGAUAAUACCAAUCGCUGGUCGACAGCUGUGGACGUCGGGUGCGGUAGCGGUCAGGGAACCAAUGCUAUGGCCAAACACUUUGCCAACUGUUAUGGCUUUGACGUGAGUCCCGCACAGAUCGAGGCCGCCAUCCGCUCAACACAUCCCUCUAAUGUCUGCUAUCAGGUAUGUCCGGCAGAGAGUAUGCCAUCGAUUGAGACAAACAGUGUCCAAAUGGUCACUGCCUUCGAGUGCUUCCAGUAUUUCGAUCACAAGAAGUUUAUGGAAGAGUGCACUCGAGUGCUGGUCGACAACGGAGUGCUGGCAGUCAUCGGGUAUUUCAUACCCGACCCGUCCGACCCUUUAGAGCCCAAUCGCGAUCAGAGUCUCGUGGAUCUGAUGCAAGAGUGCUAUAAUAGCGACCGAUUGGCCGCUUAUAAGUCACCGAAUGUGGCGUCUGUGGAGAACCACUACAAGAACGUGACGUUUCCCACAAAUUAUGAGUCCAAACACGUCGACCAUAUCAUCGCUUCCGUCCCAGUGUUGGCCGAAGAUAUGGUGGGACUCAUAGAGUCGUGGUCUUCAUUCCAGCAAUUGGUCAAAGCGGACACAGAGUCCGCACAACUCUUCCGGCGAGAGAUCAGAGAGAAAUUGUCGGCUAUUUUAAAGACCAACGACUUGUUUGCUAAAGAGAUUGUCUUUAAUUACACGUAUUUCAUAGCAAUGGCC